AUGCCUACUACUUCCACGAACAGUAACAGAAAUGCAGAUGAAUCACUGCAUUUGUUAAUUUUGAAAAAACUUAGGAAACUCGAUUAUAUCCAAAAUAAUGUUAUUAUACCUGAUAUACAAGAAGUAUUAAGUUAUGUAAAACCUGAAAGAUUUGAAGUUCAAGAAACAAAUGUCCCAAUAACACUGCCAAUUGACAAUGACACACAGCUUAAUGAAUUUGAGCAAUACAUUUCUAUUACUGAAAAUUAUAAGACCAUGAUAUCAAAAUUUAGUCAUAUUGGAGGUAAUGGUGCUGCAGGGAUUACUAGAAAAAUAAUGAAAAAUCUUAUAACGUCUAAGUUUGCGAUUAAUUUUAAUUGGGGAGGAAGGGUUCCAAAGAGGCCUUUUAAAGAACUUAAAUCAAUGCAUUUGCUUCUUGAUUCUGUACGUAAAGCACUUCCUUCGGCGUCAACGCAAGAAAUUGAAUCAGCUAUUAAAGAUUGGCUGAAACAAGCCAAGACGAGAGUUAGGUUGCAUAAUUCCUAAUCAUUUCUUCCAAAGAUAUAUUACACAUA